CCACAGUUAGUUACAUACUCUGAUGCGGCUCGUACGUGCGAUUUUCUGCGGCGGACGAUAUAUAAUAAAUUCAACGUGCGGUGUCUACGUUACAUAUACAUACAUAUACAAUAGUUUUGGUUUUAAUAAUCACAAAUGCAAUAUGUUUGAUGUGGUUUCUGUGAAUUAGUGAAUAUUUGAAAAGUAUGAAAGUGAUUUUAAAAAAUACGCAUGUGACAUAUCUUAUCACCAAUGCUUACAUGCAAAGCAAAUAUAUAGGACUGAAUACCAUGCGGAGAAAAAUAGCUAAUGUCUAAUAUGCAUUUAAACAAUUAUGCCCACACUGCUACGAAAAAAAAAAGAUUUUUACUUCAGUGGAUAUCAUUAAUUAGUUUUGUUUUCCUACUUCAACCUGCAUUUUCAUCACACAAUGCGUACCGAGCUAACCUCUCUCAUGGAAAAUCACUUUUGGCUACAAAACCAGACUUUAGCCACCAAACAUAUAAUGUUACAAUACCAGAAAACAGUAUUGGUAAAACCUACGCUAAAGGAGUAUUACAUGAGGACUUGGCCGGAAUAACAAUCGAUUCAAAAUACGAUAUAAAGUAUAGGAUAAUAAGUGGCGAUAAGGAGAAGCUGUUUAAGGCCGAAGAAAGACUUGUUGGGAACUUUGCCUUCUUAAGUAUUCGAACGCGAACGAGUAAUGUCGUUUUAAAUAGAGAAAAAACUGAGGAAUACAAUCUAAAGGUUCGGGCGCUUAUUACUUAUGCCAAUGGUAAAAACAACUCUAUCUAUGAAACUGACACGACGAUUCAUGUAAAAGUACUAGAUCGAAAUGACUUAAGUCCAUUAUUUUAUCCAACUGAGUAUGCGGUAACCGUUCCUGAGGACACUCCAAAACACGACAGUAUUUUAAAAGUUAUUGCUGACGAUGCUGAUCUAGGGAUCAAUGGUGAAAUCUAUUAUAGCUUUUUAAUAGAGAGCGAGAGUUUCGCUAUACACCCAACUACUGGGGAUAUAACCAUCCUGAAACAGCUCAACUACGCUGAGAAUUCACACUACGAGCUUAUUGUUUUAGCCAACGACAGGGGUGCAGCUAUUAACCAACAGUCUUAUCAAUCCAGCAAAGCGAAGGUGUCAAUAACUGUAAAGCAGGUCAAUCUAAACGCUCCCGAAAUUUAUGCAAAAACGUUUUCGAGUGUGAUACCUAACUCGGAUUCCCUUAUUUAUGGGAUAAUAAAAGUAAAUGAUAAGGAUAUUGGAAAAAAUGGAGAAAUAAAAAAGUUGGAAAUACUAGAUGGAAAUCCAGAUGGCAUAUUUAAAUUAAUUCCCGCAGAUACCAGAGACGAAUAUUAUAUAGAACUAAAUAAAUUCGCAAAGUUACAUGAUGAAAUUUUCACCUAUAACUUGACUCUUCGAGCGGAAGAUUGUGGGAGACCCUCCAAAUUUACUUUUAAAACAGUUACGAUACAAAUCAUUCCGCAGAUAAAAAAUGUUCCGAUAUUUACACAAGAAAUUUAUGAAGUGUCCAUUCCAGAAACGGCUCCGAUUAACAUGCCAGUCAUUAGACUAAAAGUUAGCGACCCCAAAUUAGGGAAAUUUGCGUUGGUGUACUUGGAAGUGGUUGGUGGCAACGAAGGUGGAGAGUUCAGAAUAAAUCCGGAUUCGGGAAUGUUAUAUACACAAAAGCACCUUGAUGCUGAGAAAAAAUCGACUUACACAUUAACCGUAUCUGCCAUUGAUCAAGCGGAUGUUGGGUCUCGAAAACAAUCAUCUGCAAAAGUAAAAAUUACUAUUGAUGAUAUGAAUGAUAAUGAUCCCAUAUUUGAAAACAUUAAUAGCACCAUUGAAAUAAGUGAAAAUGAAUUAGCCGGCCUUUUUGUGGUAAAGCUCACAGCGAAAGACAAGGAUUCUGGUGAAAAUGCAUACAUAUCUUAUAGUAUAGCAAAUCUAAAUGACGUUCCAUUUGAAAUCGACCACUUUUCUGGAGUUAUCAAGACAACAAAUCUAAUUGAUUAUGAAACAAUGCAAAGAAACUAUACACUGCUUGUGCGUGCGUCAGAUUGGGGACUACCGUACAGAAGGCAAACCGAAAUUGCCUUAGAUAUUAUUGUAAGAAAUAUCAAUGAUAAUAGGCCCCAAUUUGAGCGUGUUAAUUGUCACGGAAAAGUAAUUAAAUCGGCACCGAUUGGCUCUGAAGUAUUUACCAUUUCUGCAGUUGAUCUCGAUGUGGGCGAUGUAAUAUCCUAUCGGUCCAUAUCUGGAAAUGAAGAUGGUUGCUUUAACUUAGAUUCAAAUACUGGAACAAUAUCUAUUGGUUGCAAUUUGAUGGAUGUUGCUGUAAAUGAAAGAGUGCUUAAAGUAUCUGCCACAGAUGGCACUCAUUUUUCCGAUGAGCUGACUAUCAAUGUAAAUCUUGAUGAUGAUUUCGCAAGAGAUCUUAGCAAUAGUUUACAUGGCUACGGAACGUUUGAGUGUCGAGAAACUGGUGUAGCUAGAAGACUGGCAGAAACAUUAGCAUUGGCCGAGAAAAACAAUGUUAAGAAUGUAUCAUCUUUUGAAGUUAACGAUUUGGCAUUAACGCCUAGUCGGUAUGGUCAAAACAUCCAUAGACCUGAAUUUGUAAAUUUUCCUCAAGAGCUCACCUUAAAUGAAAGCAUACAAUUGGGAACAACGGUAGCUGUAAUCGAGGCAAGAGACCGAGACUUGGGCUAUAAUGGAAAGCUCGUAUUUGCAAUUGCAGAUGGUGACUACGAUUCAGUGUUUCGCAUCGAUCCUGAUAGUGGAGAACUACAAAUUAUUGGUUACCUGGAUAGGGAAAGGUUAAGUGAAUAUAUUUUAAACCUGACAGUCUAUGAUUUGGGUCAGCCGACAAAAUCAGAUUCAAAAAUUCUUCCUAUAACAAUAACAGAUGCAAACGAUAAUCCUCCGAUUUUACAAAAAUCGUUAGCUACACUUCGUCUUGCAGAAAAUGCGCCAAUAGGUACUAUAGUAUAUUGUCUACAUGCAACAGACGCAGACUUGGGUAUCAAUGCAGAAAUCAUUUAUACCCUAUUUAUCGAGUUCAAAGAAUUUAUUAUUAACAAAACAAGUGGAUGCAUUGUUCUUAAUGAAUUCUUAGAUAGAGAGCAGAACGAUAAAUAUGAGUUACAUAUUAUUGCAAAAGAUUUAGGAUAUCCUACUUUAUCAUCAGAAGCCGUGGUAUAUGUCUUAGUUGAUGAUGUUAAUGACAAUGCACCAAUUUUCGGAGUACAAGAUUAUAUUUUCAAAGUUCGCGAAGAUGUGCCCAGAGGAACUGUCGUUGCUGUUAUUGAAGCCUUUGACAAAGAUGUGGGAAAAAGUGCAGAAAUUCUUUUCUCACUUAAAGAGGAUGCACAAGAGCAAAAUCUUUUUAAAAUUGAUAAACACACUGGCGCUAUACGCACAGAAGGUUAUUUAAAUUAUGAAAAUCGUCAGGUACACAAUCUUAUUGUAAGCGCAAUAGACUGUGGAGUCCCAUCAUUAACAGUUGAUAUGCCCGUCAUUAUUGAAAUAAUUGAUGUAAAUGAAAAUCGAUAUGCCCCGGAAUUUGACGAUUUCAUUUAUGAGGGAAAAAUACAAGAGAAUAUGCCAAAGGGCACUUUAGUCAUGAAUGUUACCGCGCGGGACAUGGACUCAAUGGAUAUUAAUUCUAAAAUAUCAUAUUCUAUCACUGGUGGUGAUGGGCUAGGUAUUUUUUCUGUUAAUAAACAAGGAUCUAUUCAGUCUCUAACCCAACUGGAUGCAGAAACCAAGAGUUUUUACUGGUUGACACUAUGCGCUCAGGAUAAUGCUAUCGUGCCUUUAACAAAUUGUGUUAUGGUUUAUAUCGAUGUUAAAAAUGAAAAUGAUAACAUUCCAUUGACAACCAAACCAGUCUAUUACGUAAAUGUCACAGAAGGUAGCUCUGGAAAACAUGAAAUUAUUCAGCUCAAAGCAACAGAUCCCGACAUUGAUCCUUCACAAACAAUUACCUACAGUAUUACAUCUGGAAAUCUGAUUGGGUAUUUUUCCAUAGAACCACACACAGGAAUUCUAAGAACUACAGAACGUAAACUUGACAGAGAGAAUCAAGCAGAACAUAUUUUAGAGAUCUCUAUAUCAGACAAUGGUUCACCUAUAUUGACAUCAACUACCCGUGUGGUGGUAUCGGUUUUAGAUAUUAACGAUAAUAGCCCAGUGUUUGAUCAACGUGUGUAUAAAGUACAAGUUCCUUCGACGACACAUAUAAAUGAAUCUAUAUUUCAAGUUCACGCAAUUGACAACGAUGACGGGGAAAACAGUCGGAUAACGUAUUCAAUCAAAUCUGGAAAGAAGAAAAAUAAGUUCCGUAUUGAUAGUUUUAGUGGGCAUAUAUUUUUUACAAAGAGCUUCGAGGCUGACUCAGAAUAUGAAAUUAAUGUUAAAGCUGAAGACAAUGGAAUCCCUAAAAAAAGUCAAACAGCAUUAGUGAAUAUACUGGUUCUUCCUAUAUCACCAAAUUCACCGAAUUCUCCUUCAAUCGCUAAAAAGUCAAUAAAUAACAUUGUAGAUCUGACGGAAAAUGAUAAGCCUGGUUUCUUAGUGACGCAAAUUCAGGCAAUCGACGAGGAUAACGAUCAGCUUUGGUAUAAUAUCAGUGGAGGAAAUGAAGGAAAUUACUUUUACAUCGGAAGAGAUACUGGAAACGUACUGUUGUCAAAGUACUUGGAUUACGAAACACAAACCUCUUACAAUCUAUCAAUUAGUGUAACUGAUGGCUCAAAUAUAGCACACACUUGGCUAUAUAUACAAGUUGUUGAUACAAACGACAAUGCACCUCAAUUUACUAAAGAGAUAUAUCAUGUUAAUAUAUCAGAAAAUAUUGAGGAAGAAUCUGUCAUUAUGCAGCUCCAUGCAACUGAUAGAGAUGAGGAUAAAAAAUUAUUUUACCAACUACAUGCUACACAAGAUCCAUCAUCUCUAACAUUAUUUCGAAUAGAUUCCAUAAGCGGCAAUGUAAUAGUUACCCAGAAACUUGACUUUGAAAAGACAUCGCAACACAUAUUAAUUGCGUUUGUUAAGGAUCAAGGGACACCAGGGAAGAGGAAUUACGCGAAAUUAAUAGUAAAUGUACAUGAUCAUAAUGAUCAUCCUCCCGAGUUCACAGCUAAAAUUAUUCAAAGUAAAGUUCCGGAGAGUGCCGCAAUAGGCUCAAAAAUUGUUCAAGUUAUGGCUAUCGAUCGAGAUAGUGGAAAAAAUGCUGAAAUUCGUUACUCAAUAAUUUCCGGCAACGUGGGAAGUAUGUUUGAAAUUGAUUCAACAUUUGGUAUUAUAUAUUUGACUGCGUCCUUGGACAUCAAUAAAAUGCAGGAAUAUAUGCUGCAGGUUAAGGCUGUAGACCUUGGGCAGCCUCCAUUAUCAUCUCAAGUCCCCGUGCAUAUAAUUGUUACCAUGUCUGAUAACGAUCCCCCUAAGUUUUUCACCGAUAUGAUUUCAUUGGAAAUGUUUGAAAACUUAAAUGUGGGGUCAUUUGUAACACAAGUUGAAGCUCGAUCGUCUUCAUCUAUUUUCUUUAAUAUAAUAUCUGGAAACAUCAAUGACAGCUUUCGAAUUAACCCCUCCACAGGUGUUAUUGUUAUCAACACUAAUGUCGAUUAUGAAAUAAUCAAGAUUUAUAAUCUAACUGUAAAAGCGACGAAUAUGGCCUCCCAGUCUUCUUGUCAAAAUGUAAUAAUUCAUGUUUUAGAUAUGAACGAUAAUAUUCCGAAAUUUCUGCAAAGUGAAUAUAUAGGAAGCGUUUCGGAAUCCGCUGCUUUGGGUUCAUAUGUACAUAUAAUUGACGAUAAGAAAAAACGUCAUUUAAAACUAAAUGUAUCUGAUGCUGAUGUUGGACCUAACGCGAUGUUGCAAUACAAUAUACUUGACGACUUGGCAAGCCAAAUGUUUAAGAUUGAUUCCACUACCGGAGCUAUCGAAAUUUUACAUAGUCUGGAUUAUGAAACGAAGACAAAUUAUUCAUUUUUUGUAACGGUCAGUGACAGUGGUAAACCAAAGUUACAUUCUGUUACAACAGCUCACGUAAUGAUAAUUGUGAGUAAUGUUAAUGAUUGUCCUCCAGUAUUCAAAGAUCGAGACCUGAAUGUUACAUUGUUUGUACCAACUUUUGAAAAUGUAUUUGUGGAUCGAGUUUGUGCAUUUGACGCCGAUAACGACAUCAUUCGUUAUGACAUUGUUGAUGGAAACAACCAAGAAUGUUUUCAAAUACAUCCCGUUACAGGAUUAAUAACAACAAGAAAUAAUGAAUUUAAAAGUCAAGAAUACAUUUUACACGUCCGUGCCUCUGAUGGAUUGUAUUCUACCAUUCUGCUCGUAAAUAUUAAAAUUGAGACAAUAGCUGAUUCCAACUUCGUGUUUAAAAAAAAUAUAUACGAGUUUUCAACAUUUGAAAAUACAACGAAAGUUGCGACAAUAGGAUUAAUUAAUGUCAUUGGAAAUACAUUGUCCGAAAAUGUUGAAUACAUUAUACUUAAUCCAACUGAAAUGUUCGAAAUCGGAAUUACUUCUGGAGCUAUAAAGACAACCGGAGUAAUGUUCGACCGAGAAGUGCAGGACAUGUAUAAGAUAUUUGUUGAAGCAAAAUCAUCGAUCUCUGAUAAGGACAAUACGAAUAUUCGCAGAGCAAUCACUUCAGUUCAUAUCUCUGUAUUAGAUAUAAACGAUAACUGUCCCAUGUUUGUCAACAUGCCAUAUUAUGCUUCAGUAUCUGUUGGCUUUACAAAAGGAACGAUCAUAAUGAAAGUUAAAGCUAUCGAUCUAGACAGUGCUGAAAAUGGAGAAGUUCGGUAUGAAUUGAAAAAAGGAAACGGGGAACUUUUUAAAAUGGAUAGAAAAACAGGAGAAUUGUCAAUUAAACAAAUUAUUGAAGGUCAUAAUCGAAAAUAUGACUUGAUAGUCGCAGCGUGCGAUGGGGCUGUAAUUUCAUGCUGCACAGAAGUACCAGUUCAAAUAAAGGUUAUUGACCGUUCUAUGCCAAUAUUUGAAAAACAAUUUUAUUCUGUGAGCGUGAAAGAAGAUGUUGAAAUGUACACUACGCUAUUUGUAUCUAUCCAAGCUGAGAGUCCUUUAAAACGGAAACUGAUUUACACAAUAUCAGCUGAUAAUUCAGAACAAUUCUUUGAAAUCGAUUAUAGAACAGGGUCUUUGUAUGUGGUUAACGAACUUGAUUUUGAGGAAAAAAAUAUACAUGAGAUAUCUAUUCGAGCUACUGAUAGUAUUUCCGGAAUUUAUGCAGAUGUCUUAGUAUCGAUAACAGUAAUUGAUGUAAAUGAUUGUUAUCCCGAUAUUGAAAAUGACUACUAUAAUAUUACAUUACCGGAAAAUAUUCCAUUUGGAUCACAAAUAUUAAAAAUAAACGCAACUGAUAGGGAUUCUGGCGUUAAUGGAAAACUAUCAUAUUUCAUCGAAUCAAUCGAUGGUCGAAAUAAUUCCGAUACUUUUUACAUUGACGUUAAUGAAGGAUAUUUAUAUUUGAAAGCAUCUUUGGAUUUUGAACUAAAAGAUCACCAUCACGUGGUUGUGCACGUUAAAGAUCACGGCUCUCCUCAAUUAUCAUCAAAAUGCAAUGUUUUUAUUGCAGUUAAAGAUCUUAAUGAUAACUCUCCGAAAUUUAUCGAGCCCUCUUUUAAUACGAAGCUGUCAGUAGCUGCGACACGCGGUCAAUUUGUUGCAUUGCCAAGAGCGUUUGAUAAUGACAUGUCUGACAUUAAUUUUCUGCAAUACAAAAUAGUUGAUGGAAAUGAAUUACAAACCUAUAACAUAGAUAAGCGAAGCGGAAUUAUUUACCUUCAAAAUAUGUUAAAUUUUACAGAUAAACCAGUCACGAUUUUAAAUAUUUCUAUUUCCGAUGGAGUUCACACAAGUUAUGCUAGAUUAAAAAUUAUUUUAGUCCCUGAAAAUGUCCACAGUCCAGUAUUUGAUGAAGUGACAUAUGAAGCAAAAAUUUCGGAAAACCUUCCGAAUGGACAAAAAAUAAUCACGGUAAAAGCUGUUGAUAAUGAUUUUGGCCAAUACGCCAAUGUUUAUUAUGAAAUCACGUCGGAAGAAAUGAAAAAGUAUUUUAAUAUAGACCGAAAUAGUGGUAUAAUAACAUCGAAAGUUUCAUUUGACCGAGAAAUUAAAGAUGAGUACGUCGUCCAGUUAAAAGCAAUUGAUGGUGGAUGUAAAUUUGGGUUUGCUACACUAAGAGUAUACAUUGAGGACGUUAAUGACAAUGCGCCACAAUUCUCUUUGAAAGAAUAUAAGCUUGUAAUAAGUUCUUUAAUAAAUCCCAUUGAUACCAUAUUGGCAGUAAAGGCUAUGGAUAAAGAUAUAGGCGUCAAUGGCAUUGUUAAAUAUACAAUUUUCCCCAACUCAAUAAAAACCAUGUUGGAAAAGACAAUUCAUUUGAAUGAAAGUACUGGAAACAUAGUUAUUAUUAGGAAAUCAGAAAAGCUUGAAAAGGGCGUUUUACAAUUUUUCAUUCGAGCGUUUGACUGUGGUGCGCCAUCAUUGCAUAGCGACAUUCCGGUUUCUCUUGAAAUAGUUGAUUCGGACGUGAAGGUUCCAACGUUUGAAAAAUCUCAAUUCAAUCUUAAAAUAAUCGAAUCUACAUCACCGGGAACUGUCUUGACUAAAUUUAACGUUUAUGGGAAUUAUUCAUUAAAAUUUUCUACUUCAGACAAGAGCUCAAUUUUUACAGUAUCUGAAAAUGGGGAAUUAAUUUUAAUGCAAACAUUGGAUCGGGAGCAACAGGAAACACAUUAUAUUGUAAUAGUUGCCGAAACAGCAACGUUACCUGUUCUAUAUGCAUAUACAGAUGUUCAUAUUCAUGUUAAUGAUGAAAACGACAAUUAUCCUAAAUUUGACAAUAUAAUUUAUAGUGCUGAUGUCGCGGAAAAUACUGAUAAAGUAGCGUCAAUACUAAAAAUAACGGCAACUGAUGCAGAUAGUGGAUCGAAUGGAGAUGUUCGUUACUAUAUUGACGAUGAAUCAAAUGCUAUACGAAACGUUUUUGAUAUCGACAUUUAUACCGGAAUGAUCACUCUCUUGUCUUCUUUGGAUAGAGAAGUACAAUCAGAGUUUAACUUUAAAGUGAUUGCCACAGAUAACGGUCACCCAAAACAUGAUUCAAAGAUACCAGUGUCUAUUAAAGUUAUUGAUUAUAAUGACAACGGACCCCAAUUCAAGUUGUCCAAGGACCAGAUAUUUGUAUUAGAAAGCGCCCUUCCAGGAACAGUACUCAAAAAUUUGCUGCUUAUAGAUCCAGAUAGCGAAAAGCAAGUAAUGGAGUAUUACAUUAUUUCUGGAGAUAAUCAAGCGCAAUUUCAAAUUGGAAAAACGGGAGAGUUGUUUAUAUCACGACCUCUUGAUAGAGAACAAAUAUCAUUCUACAACUUAAGCAUAUUAGCCACUGACGGCAAGUUUACCGCCAAGUCUAAUGUUCAAGUGCACAUAAAAGAUGUUAACGAUAAUAUGCCAUACUGCUUGAAACCUCGUUACCACAUUACAAUAAAUGAAUCGAUAGCGGUCGGUUCAACCAUUGGUGAAGUGAACGCAUUAGAUUUAGACUCUAGUAAUGAUUUUAAGUUACGUUAUUACUUAUCUGGGAGGAGUUCCGACGAUUUUGCUAUAUCCAAAGAUAGUGGAAUUUUAAGAGUAGCAAAACUUCUUGACCGCGAGCGAAUUUCAAAAUAUAACAUUUUUACGCACGUUCAGGAUGGGAAAGAAUUCUUAAGAGAAUGUGUGUCUGAAAUAAUAAUUACUGUGAAUGACAUAAACGAUAAUGCCCCCAUUUUCACUAUGCCCUAUUAUAGAGUAAGCAUACAUGAAGAUGCUCAAUUACAAACGUUGAUUACAAAAGUACAUGCUACUGAUAAGGACUUUGGUAUAAACCGCAAGAUAAGCUAUUCAUUAAUAGGAACAAAUAGUGAUUAUUUUAGAAUUUCAAAGUCAACAGGAAUAAUAAAAUUAGAAAAAAGCUUGGACCGUGAAACUAUAUCAUUGUAUAAUUUAACUCUUAUCGCCGAGGAUUUCGGGAGACCAAAGCUGUCUUCAAUUGCAAAAAUUGUUAUAAAUAUUUUGGAUAUAAACGACAAUCCUCCAGAAUUUACAAUGCGACACUAUUCAUAUCAUAUAUAUGAAAAUGUCACCCAUGGGCAUGAAGUUUGCACAGUGUUUGCUACAUCAAAAGAUAUUGGUGUUAAUGCUGAAAUAUCAUAUUUUAUAAUAAGUGGCAAUGAACAGCGUAAAUUUAACAUUAAUUCCAGGACAGGUGUGUUAUUGGUCAAUGGAUCAUUGGAUUUUGAAAAAACGAAAUUUUAUUUUCUUACGGUUCAAGCAAUUGAUGGAGGCAGCCCGCCGCUUAGCAGCAUCGCAUAUGUUAAUAUCUCCAUAGAUGAUGUUAAUGAUAACAUGCCAACGUUUACGCAAAACAUAUUUCGAAGCAGUGUGAAGGAGGAUAGUUUACUGAAUACUCCCAUAAUAGAUAUUAAAGCCACUGAUGAGGAUUCCAACUUGAAUGGCAUCAUUAAAUAUGAUAUUGUGAAAGGCGAUAGCUUAAGACAAUUUCAAAUAAACAAUAGCAACGGAACAAUAAAUCUGGCAAGGACACUCGAUCGAGAAACUAUUUCAGAAUAUAUACUGGAUGUGCAAGCCUGUGAUUUAGGGACUCCGGUGCAAUGCAAUACUGUACAAGUCAAUAUAAUUGUUUUGGACGCAAACGACAAUGCCCCAGUAUUUUCGAAAGCGAAUUAUAGCAUAGUCUUACAAGAAAAUAGACCGCUGGGAUAUGUUUUUCUUACCUUUGAAGUAUCUGAUGCUGACGAGCCACCUAAUUCUAUACCUUAUACAUACGAUAUACGCUCUGGAAAUGAAGGUGGACUGUUUCGAUUGGAGCAAGAUGGAUCAUUGAGUACAGCUUCACGGUUUAAUCACAAGUUGCGAGAUACAUUUACAAUACAAAUUCGCGUUUUUGAUAAUGGCACGCCUCCACUCUAUGCAGACACUUGGGUGACAAUAAAAAUCAUUGAGGAGAGCCAAUAUCCUCCAAUUUUAACUCCUUUAGAGAUUAAUGUAAAUUCCUUUGAAGAUGAAUUUACAACUGCAUUUUUAGGCAAAGUUUAUGCCACUGAUCAAGAUCAAUAUGAUGAACUAACCUUUUCUAUUGCUUCAACAAUUGACGAAACAUAUCAAUCUUCUCAUCUCUUUAGAGUUACUGAAAAAACUGGUGAAAUAUUUUCAGCAUUAAACUUGGAUAUUGGUCUUUAUAAACUAAAUGUAUCUGUCACUGAUGGAAAAUUUACGGUAUACACCACUGUUAAAAUUAACGUUGAGCUGAUAACGAUGGAAAUGGUUAAAGAAGCCACAGUGAUUAGAUUUAGGAAGAUUUCUGCAUCAGAUUUCUUAUUGAGUCAUAGAAAAGGCUUUAUACGAUCCAUACGGAACGUGAUGAGAUGUCGCCCAAAAGACGUGAUUUUAAUAUCAGUUCAGGAGCAAGUUCGAAAUUCUUUGGGUAACAGUGAACAAUAUUCUACAGAUUUAAACGUUGUCUUUGCAGUUCACAAACAACAAAUUAAUCCAAAUUCUGACGCAUUCUUCAGCAGUGAUGAAAUUCGCUUAUCUGUAAUCAGCAAACAAAUUGAAAUUGAGCACGACUCAAACUUAAUCAUUGAGGAAAUAUUACCAAGCUAUUGCAAAAGUAAAGAAAACAGUUGUAUUAACGGAAUCUGUAAACAAUUGAUCAAUAUGGAAACCAACAAUAUUACAACUGUUUACACUGAUGUUAUUAGUUUUGCAGCGCCUUCCUAUAAUUUAAUAAAUAAAUGUGUUUGCAAACCUGGAUUUGAUGGAAAGUACUGUAAUGAGACAGUAAAUGCAUGCUCUUCAGAACCGUGCCCUCCGCAGAGGAACUGUUUGCCAUCAGAAUCUUUAACUAAGUAUCAAUGCGUAUGUCCAAAAGGAUACUCAGGUUCAUUCUGUGAAAUCAAAUCUUCUAGGUGCAACAAUGGUACAUGCGAUGAAUUUUCAUCAACAGCAGUAUCAUUUGGCGGUAAAAGCUAUGCUCAGUACAAAAUUAAUAAAGCGAAGGCCAAAAACAUAUUGGAAAAUCAAUUUGCCUACUCGCUACAAAUCAGAACGGUGCAACAAAGUGGAACUCUCUUAUAUGCCAGCGGAAAAGUUGAUUAUAAUGUAUUAGAACUUGUAAAUGGAGCUGUAAGAUACAAAUUCGACUUAGGAUCAGGAGAAGGUGUUGUUAGUGUAUCAAGCAUUUAUAUUUCCGAUGGCGCAUGGCACACAAUAACAUUGGAACGUACUCUCAGCAGUGCCAAACUAAUUGUUGAUAAUAAACAUGUUUCCCAGGGUAGUGCUCCUGGAGUAAAUGGUAUAUUAAAUAUUCAGUCAAAUGAUAUAUUCGUUGGAGCUGAAGUUCGGCCACAUCCAUCAAUUAUUGGCUAUGAAGAUAUUCAACGUGGUUUUAUCGGAUGUAUGGCAAAUAUAAAAAUUGCUAUGGAGCCUUUACCUUUAUACAUUUCAGGAGGUAGUACGAUUGCUGCUCUUAAGAGAUUCACAAAUGUUGAGUUUAAGUGUGAUCCUGCAAACGUUCUAGUCAGUUUAGGAGUGUGUGGUACCCAACCAUGUCUAAAUAGUGGAGUUUGCAAGGAUGUUGGAAAUGACAAUUUCAAAUGUAUUUGUCAUGCGCGAUUUUCCGGAGAAUUAUGUGAAAUUGAUUUGGAUCCUUGCUCUUCAGCACCGUGUUUAUUUGGAGGGCGCUGUGAAAACCAAGCAGUUAAUAAUUUCACAUGUAUUUGUCCAAUUCACUUAUCUGGAAGAAGAUGUGAAUAUGGAAAGUUUUGUACUCCAAAUCCUUGCAAAAAUGGCGGAAUAUGUGAAGAAGGUGAUGGUGUGUCACAUUGCAUGUGCCGUGGAUUUACAGGGCCAAAUUGUGAAAUGGAUGUUAAUGAGUGUGAAAAUCAACCAUGCGGAAAUGGAGCUACUUGUAUUAACGAAGCUGGUAGUUUUCGUUGCAUAUGUCCGUCAUUUCUUACUGGUGCAAGCUGCGGAGAUCCUCUUUAUUCUAAUUCUAUUUCUACAAAAUUAAAGAACUUUUCAAUGGAGCAUAUAAGUGGAAUAAUAUCGGGCAUAACUAUCGUAUUCAUUGUCAUCAUCAUAUUACUGGUCUGUCUAGCUUUUAAGAAAAACACAUCUACAAAAAUCAGAAAUCGAAACGAAAAAAAUAAAAAUAAACACUCUACGAAGCAACCGAAUCUUAACUCACUGCUCGACAAGGAAAAUCUGUGCAAGUCGAAUGCUAAAAUAAGCAAUUUAGAAAUCAGUCAACGCCCAAUAAGCUAUUCGCCUCCCAUAAAUGAUAGCCUAUUUGUUAGUAACACAACAUUUGUGAAUAAUUUAGAUAUUUUACGAAGUUAUGGCUCCGCUGGUGAUGAACUUGAAAAUAUACCUUUCGAAUAUCAAAAAGUUAAUCGAACUAAUCAACAUGUUAAUAUAAAUCCAAGCAAUUUAAUCGACGGAGACACCGGUCAUAAGCAAGAGUGGUGUGAACAAAUACAUCUAAAAACUUUUAACGAGAAUAAGCUGAAUAACGAACGGAGAUUAGACUAUGGCUUUCCAGUAAACCGCCUUUCAACCGGAAAACUAAUUCAGGUUGCAAUGCCUAAAGUGUGUCAUUCUACAUCAAAUGGAAACUUCGUUGAUUCCUCUGGAAACGGUCAAUAUCACUGGGAUUGUUCCGAUUGGGUUCGGAAAAGCCAUAAUCCUUUACCGGACAUAACUGAAGUUCCUGGCGCAGAAGUCGCGGACUCCUCAAGCUUCCACAGUAAUGACAGUAACGAGUCUAAAUCAAAACGGAAAUAUUUAGUUCAUGUAGAAGACAUCGAUCCAACUAGAGAUAUAGAUGCUCUAAAUGAAGAUAUGGUAUUUGAAUAUGUGGGUUCAGAAAUGGAAAGCUGUGUUCAACCAUUUUUAUUGCCGAAUUUAAAUAAUGAAUCCCGUUCAAGGCUCAGUUCAUUUAAUAAAAGCGAGAAUGAAGACUACAAACUAAAUACAGUGCCUUUCCAAUCUAAAUCAAAUCAUUUGCGCAAAGUAUAUUUGCGACAUCCUGAUUCGUAUUUACCUACAUUACAUACUCCAAGUGACACUGAGGCGGAAAGCUCCAAUAAUGAGACAGCUAUGCUGAAAAAGGAGUUACCAAGAAGAGCUAUCAGUGGUAAUUCAGAAGAAAUAUAUCUUUUUCCAAAUGCGACUGGAAAGUCUGGGUCAGACAGCAAUCUCUCCGUUCGACUUUGCGAAAUUGAAGACUCGGAAUUAGAAGACUUUCAACCGCUACAAGGAAGAUAUAGUAGUGAAUGACAUAUUAAAUGUAUAAAACAAUAGAUUUUAACUUCGGCCAUGACUCCGUUUCUUUUUCUACUGAUUUUAUAUAAAAUUAAACUAUACAACUAUAAUUAUAUUUUUAA